AAUACUGAGCAAAACGGCUAACUUUCAUACAAGAGUUAGCUAUCUAUAAUUAUCUAUAUAUUUAGACUUCUAUAUUUAUGUGAAUAACUUGUAUUAUUUUAAUUAUGCAAAAGAUCUUUUUAAAAACCGAAACUCAAAAUGAACAAUAAAAUUAAAAUUUAAAUAGUACACUACAUAAAUGAUUCAAUAACAGGAAAAUUCUCAGAUUUUUUGAAAUAUUUUGGUGUCUAUUGAACUGUCUUAUAGUCUUUUUUGGAAUUGUUUAUGUUAUAAUUUAUAUUUAUAGCAAUAAUACUCAUCAUAAAGAGGAUUGGUCUAUUUUAUUCUUUGACUUGGUCAUUCAAAUCAUCCUGUUACUGUGUGAAUCUCAAUUCAUUUUAUAUCCUGAAUACUGUGGAAAUGGGUCUGCCUUGUGAUUGGCAGAUCAACAAGCAUAAAAUCUCAGAACGUGGCCAAUAUUUAUUGGAGACAGGACAAUGGUCCGACUGCAAGUUUAUUGUUGGACAAGAACCUCAUCAACAAACAUUAAAAGGACACAAAUUAUUUUUGGCUAUGUCCAGUCCUGUUUUCGAAGCAAUGUUUUUUGGAGGCAUGGCAGAGAAAAAUGAUCCAAUACCAAUUCCAGAUGUUCAACCAGAGGCUUUUAAAGCUCUGUUGGAAUAUAUAUAUACAGAUCGAAUUGAUUUAGGUUCUUUUGAACUAGCUUGUGAAUUGUGUUAUUGUGCCAAAAAGUAUAUGCUUCCAUCAUUAGUAGAAAACUGUACAAAAUAUCUGUGGUCCGAUUUAUCUCCAAAAAAAGCCUGCAGAGCAUAUGAAUUUGCUAAAUUAUUUGAAGAACCAGUACUUAUGGAGAAAUGUCUCCAAAUUAUUUGCACAAAAACAGAUGAAGUUUUAAAAGAAUCUAGUUGGGAAGAUAUUGAGUUAGGAACCUUAUUAACAGUGUUAGAACAAGACAAUUUGCAAAUAAAUUCUGAAAUUGAAUUAUUUAAUGCUGUAGAAUGCUGGGCAAAAGCAGAAUCUGCAAGAAAAUCCCUUGAUCCUAGCAAUGGAAAAUCAUUAAGAGCUGUAGUUGGAAAUGCUCUAUUGAAAAUUAGGUUUUUAAGUUUAAGUCCUCGGGAAUUUGCAGAAGGUCCAUGUACGUCACCGCUACUUACUCAAGACGAAGCUUUUGCAAUUCUUAUAAAUAUAGUAGCCAGUGGAAAUAAAGCACCUAUGCCUGAAGGUUUCUCAACUGAUAGACACAGCAGAGGGAAAGCAUUACCAACUUCAGUGCUAAAUUCAGAGUAUUUACCUAAGGAUAAAUUAUUAGGUUGGUACAUACCACACUCCAGUGGUACAAAUGUAGAAUGCUAUAAGCCAGUUUAUGAUCCAUAUAGAGUAUUAUGUCCACGGGAACAUGUAUUAAAAGGACCAAAACAUUAUUGCCGCAGAUCAGUACUUCAUAAAACAGUUUGCUUUAAUAGGAAUAUUUUAGACUGUUCUGUUACUUUCACUGUAACUACAGGUAUUUGCAUACUUGGUGUACAAGUACCUACUCAAAUUGUGAGUGAGAAUAAUGUGGAGAACAUAUGGCGUGGAAUGUCGUACAAUGAAAUUUUAUACGCUCAUCUUCUUGAUUCCGAUGGUACACGAUUAACUUAUACACACUUUACAACUAAAGUGGAUAUAAAUACACUUGUGGAAAUUUUGUUUAAUCGGCCUGUUUACAUUCAGAAAAAUAAGAUAUAUCGAGUUGGAGUUGUUUUUAAUACAAGUGGUUCAUACCCAAGGGGAGAGUGUAGUACCCAUGAAGAAUGUGAUUCUGUAAAUUUCUCAUUUGGCGUUGGUAACAGUGAGGAUAGUGUGCGAGAUGGUCUAAUUCGAUCUAUAAUUUUCACAUACCAUUAAUGUUGGUAUUGUAUACUAAAAGCAACAUUGUCUCACGUAAAGAAGAAUCUAGAUACAUACAUUGAAUUUGUGAUAAUACAAAAGUCAACUUUAUUAUAUAUUCUGUUCAUUAUUUUAUAUUUUAACACGUUAACUGUCAUGGGAAUACCUAAGAACGGUUACUAAAAUCUCAUAAUUUAUUUAUCAUAAUUUAUUUAUAUCUAUGUGUAAAUAUAAACUUUAAAAAAAAUAAAAAUAAAUAAAGACAAUACAUGAUUAUUGAUUAUAGCAAAAAUAAGCAAAAAGAUUGUGUAGGCCCCACAAACAUUUUUAAGAACUUUCUCCUGGCGUUUAACGUGUAAAGUUAUGAUGGUGCUAUCCUUCAUAAAAUUUUGAAAUUAAAUUUAAGGAUUGUAUAAAGUUAUAUUCACUGGUUGUAGUUAUAAUGAAACUAAACCUUGUACAAAAUAAAUUUGUGUAAUCUACAUAAAAAUUUCAUUAUUUUUAUUAAAACUGAGAC